AGUAAAUAUGUAUGUAAAGACAUAGCCCUAUAAAUAUAAAUGAUAGUAGUAACAUUGUACACUAUAAACAUACAGCAUCAUGUUACGGUCACGUUUGACCUACCUACUGCCGAAACCUCUCUGUGCCACACAGGAGCUAUGUCGCACGCCAAUGCUACCCAUAGUACGAAACCACCACACACGCACACCAAACACUCUGCGAUCCACACAGGCAUGCAAAUCAGGUCUAGACACUAGGAUAGGCACGAAGGCGUCGUCCACACGCACAUACGCAGCCAUCGCAUUCAAACAACGCCAUGCGGACGAGAUGGUGCAAUGGAUUGAUGUACCUGCUGAUAAGCAACCGGACGGCAUUCACUUGGCCAAUGACUAUCUUACAGAGACUGAACACACCGCCAUGGCUGCAGAACUCGCUGGUUUGAUGUCGGGGGUGGUCGAUCCUUUCACGCUACAGCCCAUGAACAAACGGGCUACAGAUGAACUCGCAUCGAAAUUGGGACAGAAACGCAAAAUGAAAUGCCUGCACGGUAUAUCGCAGCUCAAAGAAUUGCCGGCUACCUACCAAGCAAUCCAACGCCUGGAGAAGGAGGGUCUGUUUAAGGGGGCCGUGGAUUCAUUGCAGAUCAACGAGUACCAGCCCACCCACGGGUGCCCUCCGCACAUAGACGCCCCCUCCGUCGGCCCAGUGAUUGCCAUGUUCAGUCUAGGAACACCGACUGUGAUGACUCUUCGGAACCCUCGGGAACCAGCUCACACGGGACGUAUACUGCUAGAGGAACGAUCGUGCCUAGUUCUUAGUGGACAGGCACGUGGUGAGUGGUUACAUGGCGUUGAUGGCAAUGCGACACAGCCGUUCAAAGACCAGACUAUUAGCAGAGGCCACAGGUAUUCGGUAGUAUUCUGGGCUACUCCACCCAAAUACGAGAAAGCACUUGGUGAUGUGGAAAACUCGCCUAAGACGAUUGUUUUCAAAACGGCCUCUACGAGCAAACGCCGGUUCUAGAAUAAAUAUCA